AUGGAAAAUCCUGAAGGGGCUCUGAGCAGCUGCAGUGCCCACGCUGAUGAAAACCUUCGCAGCUACAAACGACACCUGUCAGUAUCACAGGAGGGGCUUUUGGAGGACCAGCUUAGAAGGAAAUUAAAAUUUUUCUUCAUGAACCCGUGUGAGAAAUUCAAGGCCCGGGGAAGGAAACCUUGGAAACUUGGGAUUCAGCUACUCAAAAUAGCAAUGGUAACUAUUCAGCUGGUGGUUUUUGGAUUGAGCAAUCAAAUGGUAGUUGCCUUCAAAGAAGAGAACACUGUUACAUUCAAACAUCUCUUCUUGAAAGGAUACGUGGACAGAAUGGAUGAUACCUAUGCUGUGUACACGCAAACAGAUGUCUAUGACCAGAUAUUCUUUGCAGUGAAUCAGUACUUACAGCUGCCCAAUAUUUCUGUUGGAAACCACGCCUAUGAGAAGAGGGGAGCAGAAGAGACAGCUCUGGCCUUGUGUCAGCAGUUCUACAAGCGAGGAACCAUCUGUCCUGGAAAUGACACCUUUGAUAUAGACCCAGAGAUUGUGACUGACUGCUUGUACAUUGAGCCAACGACGCAGCUGAACAACACAACAGUGGGGAAACACAAUUUGAAUUUCACACUGGAUUUCCACAGGCUGGUGGCGGUGCAGCUCAUGUUCAGUCUGAAGGCAAUCAACCUCCAGACCGUUCGUCACCACGAGCUCCCUGACUGUUACGAUUUCACUCUGACGAUAGUGUUUGAUAAUAAAGCACAUAGUGGAAGAAUUAAAAUAAGGCUAGACAACGACAUAGCAAUCAGGGAAUGUAAAGACUGGCAUGUUUCUGGAUCAAUACAGAAGAACACUCAUUACAUGAUGAUCUUCGAUGCUUUUGUUAUAUUGACUUGUCUGGCCUCCUUGAUCCUCUGCACACGAUCAGUGAUUAAAGGAAUUUGGCUCCAAAGGGAAUUUGUAAGCUUUUUCCUAAAUAAUUAUAAGAAAGAAGUAUCUUUCAGUGAUCAAAUGGAAUUUGUCAAUGGAUGGUACAUCCUGAUUAUAGUUAGUGAUAUCUUAGCUAUUGUUGGAUCAACUCUAAAGAUGGAGAUACAAGCCAAGAGUCUGACGAGUUAUGAUGUCUGUAGCAUACUCCUAGGAACCUCCACUAUGCUUGUGUGGCUUGGAGUCAUUCGCUACCUAGGUUUCUUUCAGAAGUAUAAUCUUCUCAUCCUCACACUGCGAGCAGCCUUACCCAACGUGAUGAGGUUCUGCUGUUGUGCUGCUAUGAUCUACCUGGGCUACUGUUUCUGUGGGUGGAUUGUACUGGGGCCAUACCACGUGAAGUUUCGCUCUCUGAACAUGGUUUCUGAAUGCCUUUUUUCAUUGAUCAAUGGAGAUGACAUGUUUGCCACCUUUGCAAAAAUGCAGCAGAAAAGUUACUUGGUUUGGUUAUUCAGUAGGAUCUACCUCUACUCCUUCAUCAGUCUGUUCAUCUAUAUGGUGCUCAGUCUCUUCAUUGCACUCAUUACAGAUACAUAUGAAACUAUCAAGCACUACCAGCAAGAUGGCUUUCCGGAGACAGAACUUCAGACAUUUAUGUCACAGUGCAAAGACUUACCAAACUCUGGCAGGUACAGGUUAGAGGAGGAGAGUUCUGCAUCCCUCUUCUGUUGUUGUAAUGGUUGUAGUGAACAUAAUUAAUGGACUGUGGGAG